CCACCCGGCCCAACGCCCUCCACCACCCGGCCCACCCGGCCCACCGGCCUCCAGCUCCACCGCACCGGCCGCCCACCGGCCUCCCCGCCCACUGGUCUCCAGCAUGUGGGCCUCCCUGCGCGCCAUCACCAGCAGCCGCUUGAUGUUUUGGUGGGGCCGGAGGUCGCAGGCGGUGGCCAUGAGUUCGCGGCACAGCUACAGCAGGGAGGAGCGCGGGGAGCUGCACAGGCCGAGCUACCUCCUCUACCUGAAGAACUCUGAUGGUAAAUACAUUUCCCCUCUCCAUGAUAUUCCUCUGUAUGAUGAGGUUGACAAGGCCCUCUUUAAUAUGGUUGUAGAAAUUCCACGUUGGAAAAAUGCUAAAAUGGAGAUUGCUACAAAAAUGCCUCUGAACCCUAUUAAACAAGAUGUGCAAAAAGGCGAAGUACGUUUUGCAGCAAAUAUCUUUCCUUACAAUGGCUAUAUUUGGAACUAUGGAGCAUUACCACAGACCUGGGAAGAUCCCUGCCAUAAAGAUCCGAAUACAAAUUACUGUGGUGAUAAUGAUCCAAUUGAUGUCUGUGACAUCGGGUCAAAGGUGUGUUCUCAUGGUGAUGUAAUUCAGGUAAAAGUGCUGGGAGCUUUGGCUCUUAUUGAUGAAGGGGAAAUGGACUGGAAAAUUAUUGCUAUUAACCAGGAGGACCCAGACGCACAGAUAUUUAAUGACAUUGAUGAUGUCAGGAGGUACAAACCAGGCUACUUGGAGGCCACAGUUAAUUGGUUUAGAUUGUACAAGGUUCCUGAUGGAAAACCAGAAAACCAGUUGGGUUUCAAUGGAGAAUUCAAAGACCGGGAAUUUGCACUUGGAGUCAUUAUGUCUACACAUCAAUAUUGGUGUUCGUUAAUCUACAACAAGACUGAAGGAGGUGAUAUUAAUUGCAAAAAUGUGUCAAUUAGAGACAGUCCUUUCUACUGUAGUCAUGAAGAAGCAAAAUCACUUGUGCUUUCAGCACCGGAAUAUGUUAAACCAAGCCCUAUACCAGAGGAAGUGAACAAAUGGCAUUUCAUCAAGAACUAAACAGUGAUCACACAUCAUAUUAAAGAACAUAUGCUGUUUCAUUGUUGCAAAUUAUCUCAGAUAUCUGGAAGCAGAAAUUCCUGAAAUUAAUCUACAGUGCAGAUUACAGAAUGGUCAAGGAAAAGUCUUGAUGUACAAUCAGCCAUGAACAAUGUUUGAUGAUCAAUACUCUCAUGCAAGCUAAGAGACAUAUUGCCCACUUUACAUUUGUCAAAGAUCAAUCUUUUUUGUUUAAUCCUUCGAAUAUAAGUGAUUAUUUUGGUUAUCACUUUUACAAUUCCUUGUGAUAAUAUAUUUUGCAAAUAAAAAUGCACUUUGAUUCAUUUUUCAUUAUCCUAGUCAAAAGCUACAUAUAGCGUAUUUUUUAAUCACUAUGCAGGUACUUAACUAGUUAUUUAAAGGCACCUUCAGGAUACUUCUGUUCAAAAAGUUUGUAGGAAUAAUUUUGUUAGUAUCUAUUUGUUGCUCUUUGUUAUCAGAAAACUUCAGAAAUUCAUGUGUACCCAAUUUAUGAUUUCAUGGCCAUUGCCCAUUGUAAAAUCAAUGCCUAAGAAUUAUGGAUAGUCUUUUCCAUUGCUCCUCAAACAGCUGGCCAGAAAUCAAACCACUGGUGAGAGCUCUUAAAUUGUCUUCAUGGAUUCUAUUCCUAGUCCUGAUGUUUAAAGCAACCAUUUUACAUCAGGCUUGAGGUAAUCUGCAUUUUGUACAGAAGUGAAUGAUAGAUGACACUGGAUUAACUGCCUGUCACAGAGCUCUUCUGAUUUUUAUUUGCAUUGAACUCAGUUUACAUUAACAUUUAGAGAGGUGCGUAAAGGGUAGUUAUGUAUUAUUAUUCUGCAUUAUCCCUAAUGUCAAAAUCGGUCCCAGAGUCUAGGAAUAGAGUAAUUAUAUAAAAAUGAAGACAUUUUAAUUUAAUGUUACCUCACUAACAUCUAAAUCUUAGUUUAGUCUGUCUAUUGCUCAUUCUUGCUUUGAAAAUAAAAAAAUGAAAUUCCAAAAGUGAUUUGUUUUAAAUCAGUAUGUAUGAUCACUUCCCUUGUUAAAGAGCUAUUAAAAACAAGUAAUGUCACAUAGAGUCAUAGAGUGAUACAGCGUGGAAACAUUUUGUAAUUAUUAUCAAAGAUUGUACAAUAAAGAUAUUUGUUUAUAUUGUA